AGCAUGCUACCAGCGACCACUGGUAUCAAGAUGGCGCUGCGGCCAGGAUCCGGAGGAGGCGGCAGUUUUAUGUAUCCUGUUGGAGGGGGCUUGGGGCAACCACAAGGCAUGGUACCCAUGCAGCAGCAGCAGCAGCAGCAGCAUCAACAGCAGCAGCAGCAGCAACAACAGCUUCAGCAACAACAGCUUCAGCAACAACAGCUUCAGCAACAGCUUCAGCAACAACAGCUUCAGCAACAACAGCUUCAGCAACAUCAGCAGCAACAGCAGCAGCAACAGCAGGGCUUCUCUAUCGGUCCAGUCAUGCAGCCUAACAUGCAGGGGAUGAUGGGAAUGAACUUUGGGGGGCAGAUGACCCAAGGAGCCAUGCCUAUGCAGGGCGGGAUGGCGAUUGGGAUGCAGACCCCCGGUAUGCAGUUUAUGGGUCAGCCACAGUUUAUGAGUAUGAGACCUGCUGGACCCCAGUACACUGCUGACAUGCAGAAACAAAUGGCUGAGGAGCAUCAAAAGCGUCUGGAUCAUCAGCAGAAGAUGCUGGAGGAAGACAGGAAAAGAAGACAGUUUGAGGAGCAGAAACAGAAGCUGAGAAUGCUCAGCAGUGUCAAACCCAAGACAGGGGAGAAGAGUCGGGAUGAUGCAUUGGAGGCGAUCAAAGGAAACCUGGACGGCUUCAGCAGGGAUGCGAAAAUGCACCCCACUCCAUCAUCACAGACAAAGAAGCCAGACUCAUCGCCAUCACACCCGUCUGUCUCCACUCACUCACUCCCUCCAGCUUUGUCUGAGGACAAUGAUGAGUUUAGUGACUUUCAGGGGCCUUUAGAUACCCCAGCCUCCUUCUCUCCGCCCUCCUCUUCCUCUUCAUCCACCCUUGGCCUUUCCACUCAGGCCCACGUCCAGCCUGCGUCCCCUGCCCCACAGACAGGUUUCUCUGAGGACGAUGAGUUUAGUGACUUUGUUCAGGGUCCCGUAAACACUAUCCCCUUCUCCAGCGUCCACAUCUCCUCUCAAGACCAAAUCCAUCCUUCCUUCCCCUCCUCACAAUCCCUCCCUGCCUCUGUGUCCGUUCCCACUGCCUCCCAACACUGUGCUGUCAACACCAGUUCCCAAUCUACAUCUCAAGGCCCGUCCCUGGAAGAGAAGCUAUUCUCCUCAUGUGAUCUUACUGCUGAUAAGAUGGCCCAGGUUAGCUUUAAAUCCAGGCAGAGUUUGGCUGAUAUGGGUCCUAGAUCUAAAGUUUCCAGCCAGUUUCAAUCCAGCAAUAAAGCAAGGAACUGGGCUGUGGCCUCCAAGGACUUGAGUUCUGUCUUCGUCACUGCAAAGGCACCUGAGGCCCAAGUCUCAGCACCCAGCGUGUCCCCAUCAGCUGUCGAUCCGUCCUCCCAAACCAGUAGUGAAAGUGCAGGUGUUGGCGUGUACCCACAACAAGAGCACAUUCAGCCCAUGCUGCCAGCCUGGGCGUACAAUGACAGCCUCGUUCCAGAAAUGUUCAAAAAGAUCCUUGAGUUCACCAUGACACCGGCAGGGAUAGACACAGCCAAGCUCUACCCAAUACUAAUGUCAUCAGGUCUUCCCAGGGAAGCACUGGGGCAAAUCUGGGCCACUGCCAACCGCACAACACCUGGCAUGCUGACCAAGGAGGAGCUCUACACUGUACUUUCACUAAUUGGUGUGGCGCAGAGUGGCCUCCCUGCAAUGAAUGUGGAAAUCCUCAAUCAGUUCCCCUCUCCACCAGUGCCCAAUCUGCCAUCCCUGACUAUGGCCAUGGCCCCUGUUAUGCCCCAGCACCAGCAGCCCAUGAUAACACAGACCCCGGUCUCUAUGGCCAUGCCGUCACCAACACCACAGAUCAUGGCCAUGACAUCGCUAGCACCAACUCAACCGCCCACAAACACUAACUUCAUCGCCAGCUUUCCUCCUGCACAGGCGAGCAAAACAGAUGACGAUGAUUUCCAGGACUUCCAGGAGGCUCCGAAGGCAGGAGCAAAAGACCAGGCCUUCACUGAGUUCCAGGGGGAGUCAGGAGGAAGUUUCCCCACCACCACAGCACCUCAGCUACAAAACAGUGCACCUGCCAUGCUGACUCCAGUGUCUGGUUCCUCCUCCGCUUCUGUGACAUCCUCUGAUAAGUAUGCUGUCUUCAAGCAGCUGUCUGUAGAUCCGCCUGCAGAGCCUACACCCCAUGCCCCAGAUAUUGGAGAUAAAUACAGUGUUUUCAGGCAGCUUGACCCACCUGCUGACAAGAAACCAGUUGGGGAAGGAUUUGCAGAUUUCAAGUCUGUCAGCGCUGAUGAUGGCUUCACAGACUUUAAAACCGCCGACAGCGUAUCUCCAUUAGACCCUUCAGAACAGGCCAAAAUCUUCCAGCCAGCUUUCUCCUCUGCUUUCCCAAACUCUCAGUCUCUACAACAGCUACCACAGCAGCAGCCAGCAGUGUCUCUUUCUCAGUCUAAAAACCCCCUCAACAUAGCCGACAUGGACCUUUUCUCUUCUAUAGCUCCGUCUAUUCCUGCUUCUUCUGACACAAAACCUAGCACCUUCCCCUCUGUGUCAGCGCCCCCCUCUUUAGUGCUCCGACCAGGUGGAGCUAAACCUCCAGGGGGAGGCUCAGAUGAUUUUGGUGACUUUGCCCUCUUUGGCUCCUCCUCUGACGCCGCUCAACCUUCAGCAGCGGGCGUAGCUGCAGCAGCGACUCAGGACGACUUUGCAGACUUUAUGGCAUUCGGCAGUUCUGGUGGGGAGCCUAAAUGCGACAGCAGAGCGGGAGUCCAAGGGGACACCUCCACGCAGCAGCGGCCUCAGCAGAACUCCGACAAGUAUGACGUAUUCAAACAGCUGUCUCUGGAGGGCGGCCUCGCCUACGAUGACACCAAGGAGAGUGGCGGUGGCUCCUUCUCAUCACUCAAAAGCGACACAGACGACUUCGCUGAUUUUCAGUCCUCGAAGUUCUGCACAGCCCUUGGGGCUUCAGAGAAGACUCUGGUGGACAAGGUGACUGUUUUCAAACUGGGCACAGAGGACUGUGCCUCUGUUAAGUCACUUGACCUCCCAUCCCUUGGGGGGAGUAGUGUGGGAAAAGAUGACUCCGAGGACGCUCUCUCAGUGCAGCUCGACAUGAAGCUGUCGGACAUGGGCGGGGAUCUGAAGCACGUGAUGUCGGACAGCUCUCUGGAUUUGCCGGGUCUCUCUGCCCACCAGCCCCCGGCUACAGAAGGAGAUGACCUGAAAUUUGACCCGUUUGGCACGUCGGGCAUCAGCACCCUGACCAGCUUUGACUGGUCAGAAAGGGAGGAUUGUCUGUCGGGUGAGGUCAGACGGCCACAAGUCCUGGAUGGAACUUCUCUUCCAUCCUUAGGCCCACCCCAGAGGAAGGAGCUCACCAUCGGCAGUGUAGAGAACAUCACAAGCAACUUGGUAGAUGACAAGUUUGAGGCCUUCGCGGACUUCAGCUCUGGUGACCAUGGUGGUGUUGACGAUGAGGACGACUUCGGAGACUUUGCAAGUACCGUUUCUGAAAAAUCCGACUCGCCUGCUGCCACAGCUGAAACAGGCUCAGAGGGGAACCAGAGCGAAGCCCCAGAUGAGUUUGCCGCCUUCCAGGGCGACAAGCCCAAGUUUGGCAGGUCGGACUUCCUCAAAGCAAGCACUCAGGCCAAGGUCAAGUCCAGUGAGGAGAUGAUCAAGAAUGAGCUGGCAACCUUUGACCUGUGCGUUCAAGGCUCCCACAAACGCAGUCACAGUUUGGGUGAGAAGGAGAUCGGCCGCUCGCCACCGUCUCCAGCUCCGGAGCAGCACUUCAGGGACCGAUCUAACACCCUGAGCGAGAAGCCCGCCCUGCCCGUCAUCAGGGACAAGUACAAGGACCUGACUGGGGAAGUGGAGGAGAGCGAGCGCUACGCAUACGAGUGGCAGAGGUGUCUGGAAAGUGCUCUGGAGGUCAUCACCCAAGCUAACAACACCCUGAACAGCAUCAGCAGCUCCUCCGUCUGCACAGAGGUCAUCCAGUCUGCCCAGGGAAUGGAGUACCUGCUGGGUGUGGUGGAAGUCUACCGCGUCACCAGGCGUGUGGAGCUGGGCAUUAAGGCAACGGCGGUGAGCUCUGAGAAACUGCAACAGUUGCUGAAGGACAUCAGCCGCGUAUGGAACAACCUCACUGGCUUCAUGUCGCUGGCCAAGCUCGCUCCUCAUGAAAGCUCCCUAGAUUUCACCUCCUGUAUUCUGAAGCACGGCAUCAAGAAUGCCAAGGAGCUGGCGUGUGGAGUGUGUCUGCUCAACGUCGAUUCACGCAGCAAGAACAAAGAAGAAAGCACUUUUGGACGUCUGUUUAAACGAGCAUUGACUAAAAACAAUGACAGCAAGUCAAGGGCGUUCAACUCCGAGACGGACAACUUCAGGCUGCUGUACGGGCGCCACCAGUACCACGCCAGCUGCGCUAACUUCUGGAUUAACUGUGUGGAGCCCAAACCCCCGGGCCUCAUCCUGCCUGACCUGCUCUGAGCUUGAGCUGCAGCUGCCAGGGUAACAAGACACGGGCUACUCACCAUCAGAUAGGUGGAGCUGCCGCGUGUGUGGGGGGGG